CUCCCUCCCGCCGGCCGGGGUGCGCGGGCGGCGGGGCGGCCCUCGGGCCAUGCGUUCGGCUCGGCCCAACCCGGCCGGCCGGGGGCGGCGCCCCGAGCCCGGGCCCCGCGCGGCCCGUGCCCCCGGCUCCCGCUGAGCUCCGGGGGCCCCACUGUGGCCGAGGCCAUGUUCCCCGUGUUCCCUUGCACGCUGCUGGCCCCCCCCUUCCCCGUGCUGGGCCUGGACUCCCGGGGGGUGGGCGGCCUCAUGAACUCCUUCCCGCCACCUCAGGGUCACGCCCAGAACCCCCUGCAGGUCGGGGCUGAGCUCCAGUCCCGCUUCUUUGCCUCCCAGGGCUGCGCCCAGAGUCCAUUCCAGGCCGCGCCAGCGCCCCCACCCACGCCCCAGGCCCCGGCGGCCGAGCCCCUCCAAGUGGACUUGCUCCCGGUUCUCGCCGCCGCGCAGGAAUCAGCCGCGGCGGCGGCGGCUGCGGCGGCUGCUGCCGCUGCAGUGGUGACUGCACCCCCAGCCCCUGCUGCCGCCUCCACAGUGGACACAGCGGCCCUGAAGCAGCCUCCGGCGCCUCCUCCGCCACCCCCUGCCGUCUCCGCACCAGCGGCCGAGGCCGCGCCCCCCGCUGCGGCCGCCACUAUCGCCGCAGCGGCUGCCACCGCUGUCGUCGCCCCAACCUCGACGGUCGCUGUGGCCCCGGUUGCAUCUGUCUUGGAGAAGAAGACAAAGAGCAAGGGGCCCUACAUCUGCGCCUUGUGCGCCAAGGAGUUCAAGAACGGCUACAACCUCCGAAGGCACGAAGCCAUCCACACAGGAGCCAAGGCUGGCCGGGUCCCUUCGGGUGCUAUGAAGAUGCCCACCAUGGUGCCCCUGAGCCUCUUGAGUGUCCCCCAGCUGAGCGGGGCCAGCGGGGGUGGGGGAGAAGCCGGGGCCGGCGGCGGCACAGCCGCGGUGGCGGCCGGUGGCGUUGUGACCACGACUGCCUCUGGAAAGCGCAUCCGGAAGAAUCACGCCUGCGAGAUGUGCGGCAAGGCCUUCCGCGACGUCUACCACCUGAACCGACAUAAGCUGUCGCAUUCGGACGAGAAGCCCUACCAGUGCCCUGUGUGCCAGCAGCGCUUCAAGCGCAAGGACCGCAUGAGUUACCACGUGCGCUCACAUGACGGCGCUGUGCACAAGCCCUACAACUGCUCCCACUGUGGCAAGAGCUUCUCCCGGCCGGAUCACCUCAACAGUCACGUCAGACAAGUGCACUCAACAGAGCGGCCCUUCAAAUGUGAGAAAUGUGAGGCAGCUUUUGCUACGAAGGAUCGACUCCGAGCGCACACAGUACGACACGAGGAGAAGGUGCCAUGUCAUGUGUGUGGCAAGAUGCUGAGCUCGGCUUAUAUUUCGGACCACAUGAAGGUGCACAGCCAGGGCCCUCACCAUGUCUGUGAGCUCUGCAACAAAGGCUUCACCACAGCAGCAUACCUGCGCAUCCACGCGGUGAAGGACCAUGGGCUCCAGGCCCCGCGGGCUGACCGCAUCCUGUGCAAGCUGUGCAGCGUGCACUGCAAGACCCCUGCCCAGCUGGCCGGCCACAUGCAGACCCAUCUGGGGGGGGCCGCCCCUCCUAUCCCGGGAGAUGCCCCCCAGCCACAGCCUACCUGCUGAGGGGGACCCCUGCACCCACCAGGCAAGGUACUGGUGAGGUUUGUCCAAUGGCGGCAGCGGCGGCAGCAGCAGCAGCGGCGGCAGCAGCAGUGGUGGCAGCCCCUCCCACAGCUGUGGGCUCCCUCUCUGGGGCAGAGGGGGUACCAGUGAGCUCUCAGCCACUUCCCUCCCAGCCUUGGUGAGCUCCAAGUUGAUGGGGGAGAGGGGAGAGUGGAGGAAGCUCUUCUUGGUACAGUUUCCUCUUCCCACCAACUCCUCACGACUCUUCAUCAGCCAAGGAGCCUCCAGACAGAAAGGAGGAAGAAGGAAUUCACUAGGUUUUAACAAUGUUUCUCCUGCUCCUUUCUUCUCCCUAUCAGAGCUGACCCUACAAACACCUGUCCCCUGAGUUGUGUUGAAAUCCCCUGGACAGUGAGCAGGGGUGGCAGAGGACAGCAGCAGCCACUGCCCUCAACCUUUAACCCCUUGCCUUCCCUCCCAGGGAUCUGUGAGCCUUUCCCUAGAAGGUCCUGUGCUCUCCUCCUUUUGUCCCCUCCCCCACUGUCUGCUGCCCCUUCCUGGGGAGUUGGUGCUUUCUUUUUUGUUGUUGUUUUUUUUUCCCAGGGGUAGGGAGGAGAGAGGAGGGGAAUUAAGAUUCUGUCCAGAGGAGAGAGAGGGUGGUAUUGAGGAGGGGCAGAAGCAGGGAAGGCAGAGGGAUACUUUGAGUAAGGUUUGGGUGGUUGGUUAAACCCCAAGCAUCCUACUGGAGUAUCUGUCCAGGGAAAAGCCAAGGGGAGCAUCAGAAGGAGCCACGAAGGCCAGAGGCAGAACAAGAGAGAUGGAAUCUUAGGGGGCCAGGGUAAAAGGAGGGGAGCCAGGGACAAGAGGUGCUUCCUGGGGGUGGGGGAAUGCAGCCACAGUGUCUCCCCCUUCCCUCUUCCACCCCAGCUCCAGCCCUGGUCUUUUCUUCCUCUUUCCCACAACAGAAGCAAUGGCCCUGGCCAUGUCAUCGUGUUCCUGUGUCCCUUGCAUGUUCCCCACUCUCCCCUCCCUCCUUUUGCGCAGACCCCAUUACAAUAAAUUUUAAAUAAAAACUUGU